AUGCUAUAUGCCGACGAUGCCGGCGUUGUGUCGAAGUCCGCCGACGGCCUGGCGAGGAUGAUGACCAUUAUCGUGGAGGUGUUCCGGGAGUUCGGGCUGACGGUGUCGGAGAGGAAGACGGAGACCCUGGUGAUGCGGGUGAAGGAGAGACAGCGACCGCCGCCGCCGCCACCGCCGGUGCUGACCAUCGAAGCAGCGGGGCAAAGGUACGCACAGACGACCGAGUUCCGAUACCUGGGCGGCCUCGUCAACGAGCAGGGCGACCUUACCCGAGAGAUCAACCACAGGAGCAAAGCAGCGUGGGCGUGCAUUAAGCGAUACGCCACGGAGCUCUUCGACCGACCGGGAGCACCGUUUCGCCUCAAAGCCCGCCUGCUCCAGGCGGAGGCAGUGGAGGCACUGCUAUACGGCUGCAUGACAUGGUCCCCACGCCGCAACCACUACGGAAUGCUGCAGACGACACACCACCGGCUACUCCUGCGAGUCAUCGGCUACCGGCGCAAACGAGGCACCUACCGGCAGCUGUCAUACGCCCAGGCGCUAAAGAGGGUCGGCUGCCAGAGCGUGGAGGCCACUGUCCGUCAACGGCGCCUGCUCUUUGCGGGGGCCGUGGCAAGACAGCCGGACGGGCGGCUUCCGAAACGGCUGAUGUUCGGCGAGUUGGUGGGAGGGGAGGACCCGGGCCAGGGAAACCCGGAGCAGAACUGGCUGACAUGCCUGAAGGACGACAUGAAGAUGUUCGAAGCCAGGUACGGCUCCACGACCGACAAGCCGAGCGUCUUCGGAGUCCCGAAGUUAGUCUGGAGUGAGGCGGCGAAGGUGGAGGGGGGGGUACCGUGGCACGCGGGGGUGCUACAGGGAGCUGAGAGGUUCAUGGCCUCUUGGCACAAGGGCAAGGAGGAGGCCAGCCGACAACGAGCCAUCAAACGAGGAGACAGCGGGCCCAAAAAUAGUCUAGAUACGGCACCAAUCAACGGGGCGGUAGGGGGGCGGAAGGAAACGGCGCGGCGGGAAGAAAGCAAGCGAGAAGAGACCGACCGCGUGACGUGA